AUCAUCAUUCAUUUCAUUGUGCACCACCAACCCAACCCAUCCCAGACACAGAAACUCAGAGUAAUCCGGCCGGGUUCCAUUCCAUGGCGUCUCUGCUUCUCAAAGGCAUGCACAAGCGGCUGGGCCUGCCCUCCAUCACCAUCUCCUGCUCCUCCGCCGCCGCCACCAACAUCAUCGCAUCAACCACCACCAGCAACGGCGUCGGCAGCAGCAGCGGCCGGGCCAUCGACCGCCACUCGCCGCGCCUCCGUGACCCACACCGCUCCUCCACCUCCAAGCCGCCAAGGCCAAGCACCAGCACCAGCACCAAAGACUCGGCGUCCUCCGGCGACUCCAAGCAGCAGCACGGCCACGGCAACAAGAAAAAGAAGAAGAGCACCACCGCUGCUGCUGGGACUAAAUCUUCAGAGAAGAGGCUGGUAAGCCCGGCGACGUCGUCCAGGUUCCUCCUCAACUCCUCCCGCCUGCAGUCCGACGACCUCGACGUCCUCGCGCUUUCCCCGCCGCCGCCGCCGUCGUUCAUCGACGUGUUCCCCGGCGGCGAAGCGAAGCCGCCGUCCUUCAUCGACGCGUUCCCCGGCGACGCCUCGCUCCCUCUUUCCUUCGCCAAGGAGGCACCGUCGCCGCUACAGCAAGCAGAGACCUCCUCGUCCUCCUCCUCUGCUUCGUCGUCGUCGGAGAUCACGGCCGUCCAAGAAGAGGAGCAGCAGAAGGCGGUGGUGCUGGCGCGGUCGUCCACGACCACGGAGAGAAGAACGACGCAGGUGGUGGUGCUUCGGGUGUCGCUGCACUGCAAGGGGUGCGCGGGCAAGGUGAAGAAGCACAUCGCCAAGAUGGAGGGCGUGACGUCGUUCGACAUCGACAUCCCCAGCAAGAAGGUGACGGUGGUCGGUGACGUGACGCCGUUGGGCGUGCUCACCAGCGUCUCCAAGGUGAAGCCCGCGCAGUUCUGGCCGUCGCCGCCGCGCCCGCCCCGCGCAUCCGCCUCCUUCUGAACGCGCCAGCGAUCUCUGCUCUCUCUGAAUCACAGCAUGACGAUUAGCAGAGCAUAGCUACCCAUCAUGAGUGUUUGUCUCGCAAAUAUGGCCAAUCCUAACGCUUUGCGCGCGCAACGUGAAUCCUCGUCGUUGCUGCUUCAUGUGGAUGCGAGCACCUUGCAUGUGCCUGGCUCUUUUCCCUCUCUCUUCCUGCACACGCACACAUGCAUGUCUUACAUCAACACAUGCAUGCCUACUUUAUCUUUCCUCUCUCCUCUAAUUCCAUCACAUUUCAUUUUGUCUUGACAAUUUAGAUGGUUUAUAUCUUUAAAACCAUAAUUGCGUUUUUGAAACUUUUUACAUAUUUGAACUCGUGGCGUCAGAUCAGUUUUGGAUAAAGUUGAAACACAUUUUUGUUUGAAACAGUGAAGAACUUUCUGAAUAGUGGGUUUGCACUUUAUUAGAAAUGUUAAAGAACUUUCCUAGAAAUUUUAUCCGAACCAAAGAACUUUGUUAACACCUUGUCUGAACUUUGCCAUAAAAAUCAGAAGAACUUUAUAUACACAGUGUGAUUUUUAGUUCAUGAUGGGUUAAAAAAAAGGAAUCUCCAGAAUAUCAAUUUGUAUGCCAGAUCUUAAUUAGCAUCCACAUAGGUUAGACACACAACUAAAAAGAAUUGUAGUCUAGUAUUGCCGCCCAGAACGUCAUCAAUGCAGCGCUUGUGACAAAGAAUAUAAAGGGCUGUACCAUGCAUUGCAUGGCUGACACAGUGGUGCGCCUCAUCGAUUGGACACCACGCUUGAUGAGCGGCAGCGAUUCGAGUUGUGCGCGCAUAUAGUUAGGAAAAAUCCAUGUCCUUUGUCUCACCACGUACGUACGUCAGGCUUUCUGCAGCUCUAUCUUUCAUCCUUUUUUAUUCCUUGAAAGAAAAGAAACGGCACCGAUGCUACAGUGACUGUACUGAUAUACUCUCUCCGUCCCAAAAUAAGUGUCUGUACUAAGCUUGAGACACUUAUUUUGAGACGGAGGGAGUAGUAUAUUUUUACCUUUGCUCUGCUUUCUUGUCUGAAUUUCAAAACAAAGCAUAUACUAGUCUAGUCGGUCAUGCACUCAAAAUAUCGAGAUUCGAGAGACAAGAAAGGGGGAAAUUAAAGUUGAGUGGAGAAGAAAGUGUAGAAUCAAACUUAGCCCGGUGGUGCCUGUUUGUCAUUGUUUAGUAACAUUUCGAUUCUAUUCGGGUGGACGACAUGGAUGGGUCUCACAAAGAUGACUGCCAGUAUCACAUUUUUCUUUUCGAUUAUACAUACAUUGUUAUUCUCCAUCGAGCACUAGCAGCAGCACAAGUGCAAAAGCCAAGAUAUCCAUCCCUCUAAGUUGAUUGAUAUCCAUCAUUAGCCGCCAUGUAGCAGUACAUCAACAGCAGUGAAAGAGCAAUUGGAAGCUUGGACGUCAACAUUCUUUAUAUGUUACUCUGAUCAGGUAAAGAAAACAACUUGUUUGGCCGUAUGCAUCGUUCUGAUGCAGAGGCCGGGGAGCCCCCCUUUUCGGAAAAAAACAAAACAACUUGUUUCCCUAUCACAGAGAUCGAUAGGGGGGAAUUCAUUGUUAUUAGAGAUUUUAGUUGGUUUGGGUGGAGGUGUCAUGAUUCAUAUGAUAAGAUCGAUCCAUCGACCAGCAAAAUCAAGCCCAGAUAAGAUAGGUCGAAAGCCAAAAUAUAUAUGAGUAUAUGACCCUUCUUUGCAUAGUUGUAUAUACACACUCAAAAAGCUCAUCUGCUCUAAACUACGGAGUACCUUGCUGUCAAAGCGACUUGAUAAGAUAAUACAGAGAAAACAACAACACUCGGCACUCAGAAGGCUCCAUCCAUCCAUCGGCAGCUUCCGCAUGGUUUCCUACUUCGCUGCAAACAUAACAAAAAACAACA